ACGAUCGCUGUGUCGAAGGCGACAUAGGGGAGUCGUUGUUGUCUAUUCUCGGUAGCUAUUUUAGUGUAUUGCAGCAAAAACAACAAAGAGUCCUGUGGCACCUGAAAGACUAACAAAUAUAACUGCCAUAACCUUUCGUGUAACAUAUUGUCCAUUUCAUUCGUCUGAUGAAGCGGAACAUCUAGUCCACGGAUCCUUGGACCAGAAUAUAUUAGCCUUUCACGUGCCACAAGGCUCUUUGUUUUUGCUGCCCGAAUCUGUGUUUUGCUGCUUUCUGAAAGCCAGAACUAAUCGUACGUACGUUUUGGAAAGAGCUGUGAGAAGUAGUUCAGGCACUCAUUCACCUACAUCAGGCAGGAUGCCAGCGUAAUUCUGAAACUGGAUUAUUUUUAAUUCUGGAUGUAAAAUACUGGAGGGUUUUGCUUAACGCAUGGAUAUAAUCCUUUAAUCGUUGGGGACACGAGUAAGCUUCGUGGAAUUCGAUGGGACUUACUGCCGACUCGGUAGGGUACUUUGUUUUCUCGGUAUGUCACCGGAAGAACUUAAAAAGAUAAUAUCCCCACAUGUGGUCGAUGCACUUUUGCAUACAUUUCCACCCAGUUCGCAUGGGAACAAAAACUGCUCGCAAUUUACUUUCUCAUUUUCACUACUCUAUAGGGUCAUAUAAGAGUAAGAGAAGCGCCUGGAAUUGGGAAUAGAACGAGGUGGGAGGCGGGGGAAGGACAAUGUAUAUGGACUGAUCUGACAUCCGAUUACUACGCUCCUUUUCAAGUUGACAGGCAAGUAGCAGAAAAUGGGAGCAAUUAGAGGAGAUCCAGGUGACGAAGUGAGAACCAGAUCCAUAACAGACGCAAUCAUUUCCUUCGUUGCAUCUUUCCAUUUGAAAAUAUAAUCCUCCAGGAAAGUCCGUGAGACGCGUUUUCCCUUGCAAACGUCUCUUUGGCCCGAAGCCGCUCUUCUUCAUUUGAAAGGAAGACCGACUGACAUCUGCGGGGUUUCAUCCAAACAGUCGCGCCCAAGGAUGCGCCGCACAAAAUGUGUGUGCACGAGAAAGCACAACGCUGGGCCCCACGAGAGCAAAGAGUUUGAUGCAGCCCGGCAGGGACGCUCCUCUGACCACACGCGUUUUAAGACGCUCCUUAGGAUGCCGCUGCCAUUCCCAUGCGCCGCGCCGCGCCGCCCCCUCGUUCAUAGGCUGCGGAGGCUGCGUCUGCUGGGCCAAUUGGUGGCGCCAUCUCAUGAUUAUGCAAUAAGGGCUCGACCGGCCAUUGCGAAGCCGCCCGGGUGACAGCGCCGAGCGCGAGACCGAAGGGAGGGCGUUGGCUGGCGUGAGAUGGCGGCGGCGGCCUUGUACCUGGAGCACUACCUGGACAGCAUUGAAAACCUCCCCUGUGAGUUACAGAGGAACUUCCAGCUAAUGCGUGAGCUGGAUCAGAGAACGGAAGACAAGAAAGCAGAAAUUGACAGUCUUGCUGCCCAGUACAUUUCAACAGUGAGGAGUCUGUCAUCAGAGCAGCGGGUUGAAAUCCUGCAGAAGAUCCAGAAUGCUUAUGCAAAAUGCAAAGAGUACAGCGAUGACAAAGUGCAGCUUGCUAUGCAGACCUAUGAGAUGGUAGAUAAGCACAUUCGACGGCUGGAUGCUGACCUGGCACGAUUUGAAGCUGAUCUGAAGGAUAAGCUGGAAUGUAGUGACUUUGAAAAUCCUGUGGUACCAAACCUAAAAAAGGGGCGAAUUCCAAAGGAUAAGAAAAGCUCCCGAGGUCGAGGUCGGCGAACACCUGAAGAAGAUGCUCCGAUAAAAAAGAAACCAAAACGAAGGUCUGAAUUAGCUGAUACCAUCCUGUCGGUUCAUCCUUCAGAUGUCUUGGACAUGCCAGUAGAUCCCAAUGAACCCACAUAUUGCUUGUGCCAUCAAGUAUCCUAUGGAGAAAUGAUUGGCUGUGACAAUCCAGAUUGUCCCAUUGAAUGGUUUCAUUUUGCUUGUGUGGAUCUCACCACCAAACCCAAAGGGAAAUGGUUUUGUCCUCGCUGCAUUCAGGAGAAGAAGAAGAAAUAGAAAUGGGAUUGUAUGGUCUGAAAGGAGUUUAAUGUAUUUGUACAUGCUGAAAUAUUUUAACUUUUUGUCACCAACCUAUUUUCUUUAAUCGGAUAUUUAACAGUGGCUAGUUCUAGUUCUCCUUAUCACAGAAGGAGUCAUCCUAAUGAGAAAAGGGGGAUAUGGAAGAAGUUCACUGGUGAUGUUUACCUGGGUUACACUUCCAUGGCACUGUAAUCAAUGUUAUGAAGUACUAUGAGUAGCCCUGCACUGGAAUUUCUGCUCACAAACUAAAGUCUGUGAAAUGCCUAUGGCCUUGCACGUGAAGAUACCAUUUUUGUUAGAAAGUGAAGUCAUUCUGUUCUGCACAAUAUUUAUGAAGGAUUUUAAAUUUAUCAGCACCUUUCUAAACUCUUAUAUAUGCUGACAAGGAAGGAAUUCUAUUUUUGAAUGUGCAAGACUGCUUGUUUGGAAGCAAGUUGCAAAGCAAUUAAUGUUUUCUUACAAAAUCAGAAGAAAAGUAGCACAUAUUGUUUUGAUAAGGUGUAUUCCACAAGUAAAUUUCAGGAGUUGUACACCUGUACUCAUCGUUUCUGGUUUGUCCACUACUGCCUUUGGCUUUCAUCCUGGUCUCACUUUAAUCACAGACUCACUCCUGAUGUUAAGCAAUACAUGCUUAAUAAAGGCACAAGUUGUUGAGAAGAUAAAUAUAAGAUCAGUAUAGUCUGAUUCAUUUAUUAAAAAGUUUGGUAUAUUUUUCAUUGGCAAAGCUAUUAGUUGUUGAACAUUAACAUAUAAGUAAUCCGGAGAACUAACUUUAAGAGGACAAUAAUUUUAAGAAAGGAAUGUUUACUGUGACUGUAAUAGCAGCUGAGCAAUCUGGUGUAAUUUCCUACUCUCUGGAUAAAACAUCCCUGCUUUUAUUUCACUGAGAUCCCUUCUAGUAAAACAAUGUAACUCUCAAAGCAUCUUAGUCUGGAGUCGGUCAAUACAUUCUGGUUUCUUUUCUUUACAGAAAGUGGAGAAUUGCAUGAUAGAGCCAUCAAUGUGUGUAAAAUGCACACUCGUGUGACUUUCUGAUAAUACAGGAUUAGUGGGCUUUAGUGUUUCAAAAGCCUGCACAUUCUUUUACCAGGGAUAUUAGUAGAACAGAAGAGUGUGUGCACCUUUGGUAAUGAAGGCUCUCUGCCAUACCACCUCAGCACUUAAACAUGAUUUGUGUUUUAACCCUAGAUUUCUCAGCAAAAGGCUUAAAUAAAGAAGGCUGUUCAAUCCAUACCAAUGCCCAGUUUUCUCAUUUGUCUAACUGUCCUUGUAUUGCCAUGUAAAGAUUGUAGUUUGCAUACAGUGACUUAAACAGUCAUGCAAACUAAUUGCUGCAGUGUGGAGUUUUAAGAAUUUCUUUAUACCUCCAAGUUACAGUGAUGGGUUAUGUGCUAGUUGAACAAUUGGUAUUGCAUAAUACCUUCAACAUGACAGUGAAUCUCACUUUCAUUCUAGAAAAUACAGGGAAGAUUAAUCACACGAUAAAAGCAUACAGUCAGCCUUUCUAACUGUAAGAAAAACUGUGUUACUGAAAGAACUUAGAUUGCUUUCUGUUAGGAAAGAAUGUAACUUCCUACUGGUUAUUUUACAUCACACUUCUUUUGCAUACGCUUGUUAGGCAAUAAUGCAAUUCAGUGACAGUAUUUUUUGUAUGAUAUUAGGUUUUCUGAAUCUGCAUUUUCUUUUUAGUGUUCAUGUGCAUAUUUGCUUUAUCUUUAUAAGAUUUAAGGAGGUAAAUCUUGGAGUUCUGGUGUUGUCAAGCUUAAAUAUUUACAGGAGCAAAUUGUCACCUCAAGCAGUUUUAUCUUAAAUUAUAAUAUGCAUAAUUAUGAAAGAAUGCAAAAAAACGGGUAUCAGAUCCCCAAAGUCAAUUAAUUAGGGUGAAUUAUUUAGGGAAGAGCGUUGUCAUAUAAAGCUGAAGGUGGAGAUGCACUAAUUCCCCUUUAAUGCAAAGUGCGCCUAUACAAAUUGUGAUCCAUCAAUGUGAAUACAACCUAACCAUUCUUUUAUUAUGAUCCAUAGAUGCCUGAUAAUCACUUUGGUUUCUGCAGUCCCAGUGAGACUGCAAAAAUAGAUUAACUGAGCAUCCAAUGGGUUUUAUUGAGCCACCCUACCUAAUGGUUAGCAUAAGAUUUGGCAGGUCAUCACUUUAAUGCAUCAAAGUUUAGUAAUGCACCUGCCUUUUCAUAUACCUUGCAAGAAUUCUGGAAUCACAAGUUCAGCAAUUAAUGACUUAAUGCUCAUGGCUUUAACUUGUUAGUCUGGAUAAAAGGCAAGGUGGCAUUCAUUUCUACUAUAAUAAUAAUAAUGACGUGUAAGAUCUAUUUUCCCCUUCCUUUCAAUUUUGUUAUAUAUUAGAUAACAAGGGAAUAAUGCUGUAAGUUGACAUAAAUCUUGAAAGCCCUUGAGAUGUUUCUUUGAAUUAAUGCUGCUACAUAGCUAGUGAAGCAAACUUUACCAUAAACGAAAUCAUGUAUCAGUCCCAAAGAAUUAGAUAUUUUUCCUUAGGGAACUCCCAAACAGUAGUGAGCAAACACACCACAGACACAUAUAUGUAUAUUUCAUAGCCCAGGUUCUGGAAUAUACUAUUGGACUGAGCAAUAAAUGUGCCCAUAUAAAUAUUAACAUCUUGAAGAAUCUCUUAAUUAGUUUGUUCAAGGUUAUUAAGUGCACAUUGAUAAUGAAUAUCAAGUAUCUUAAUGCUGAUCUAUGGAGAAUGUAUUCUCUUGAAUUUUGAAUGUACUCUAUUUCAAAACUAUUACUUUUGACUGUUCAGAUUUGAAGCACAGAAAAAUCUGAAGAUAAACCCUUUUCUCUCCAAUAACCUAGAUAUUUUGUGGUAGUCACCUUUUUCAUAGUUUCUCAUAAGUAAACAACUGUCACAAACCUAAAUUUUCUGGAAUGGAAGAGAUUAUUAGAAAUCUUUUUAUUAAAAUGUGAAAAUGUAUAUCUGUAUUUUUGAUCAUGUUAUAGAAAUCAUAGGUAUAUUAUAAAUAAAGUAUUUUUGGGAACAAA